AUGCCAACAGCCAUGUUCCUCAACCUGCUAACAUUUGGUUUAUGGGGAAAGCUCGGCCGGUUGACUCACUAUGCAUUUGAUGCCGUCCUAAUCUCUGCUUUCCUCGCAGGCAUGAAACGCUCAACGGGCUUAACAUCAAAUCGGCUGACAGCUCCCAUCCUGCGGGACCUUAGACCCAGUUUCAAGAAAGAUGCCCUCACCGAGAACAAAGAUGUCAAUGUCUGGAUCGACAAGUACCUCGGAGUUGGCGAGUGGGUGAUGGAUCAGUCGGUGGCAAUCGCAGGCUCCAGCAGCUGGUUUGAGAGGAAGCGGUAA